GGGAAGGACCCUGGGACAAAGGCCUGUCUGGGACAGAGCGACAACAACAUCGACAGGACCCUGUGGAAAUGACUGCUCUCUCUCUACAAAUUAUGUAAUAUCUGAAUACAACAGAACGUGCGAAUCAUGAAUGGAGGAAACACCGGUGAGCCUCAAACAGCAGUUGUGUUGGGUAUUCAUGUCACAGCUACGAGCCAAUAAGAUUGAAGAGGGUUUAUCUGUUGAGGGUAAAUCCCUCGUCAGUUUACACCUCACAGUGGCAGACUAAGCCUUCAGAAGGGACAGACAGGGCUUAGCCAGGAGAUCGAAGGAGAGAGCGGAGAUUGAAGCAGUGCUCGUCACAACAGUGUGGUAGUCUCGGCAAGACAACGUGACGACGGACUACAAAUUCUCUGUAAGCUGGCAUGAGAACUCUGUGACAAGCAGUCUAUAUUCAUGACUGGGCCAGUGUCAACAAAGUACAGCCUUUCAACUUCAUUCAGUCAACCACUUCUGUAGGACAUUUUUUAACACCGGAGAAUGAUUUUGUCACCACUGAAUUGCUGGCUUUGUGUGUUCCCAUGUGGCUGAGUGAUAUGUCAGUACAAUGACCACAUCGAAUCGGUAGGACGAGGGGCACGGUGUCGUCUCAUGCUUCAUGAUGACAAAUACAUCAUCAGCAGUAUAGUUCUACAUGUGCGAGGUCUCGUUGGUACAGUUACUGAGGCAACUAUCCUCCACCAGGUUCAUCAGCAGCAUCUAAAGACUCAGAUCAACCCCAAACCAUACUCAAUCCUGCAAGAAGAGUGCCGCCAGACAAACCUGGGAAACACCCAAGCUUCCAUGCUGCACCAUCAGUAACAGCCAUGCCUCCACUACGCACCAUCACCACUGUCGCAGAUGUUGCUGUCCCCAACGAAGAACGUGUUUGCAGGCACUGGGUGACAUGUUUUUCUGACUCCCAGGCGUAAGAUGAAAUGUUUGCAAUGAUGGGUUUGUGUGCAGAGGAGCCAAGUCUCGCCUGCUGAAAGUGCGAUCGUCCACAACACAAGCACAGAAAGACAUUCUGCAAAUUAGUGCUGUUAAUCCGCAAUGAUCCUCUAUUGCCGGGACACCUGUGCACAUAUUGAUGUAAGCUUCUCAGGUGUUGGACUCACAGAUACUACGCGAAAAAACAAUUCUGAUUCUAGCUUUUGGGACGGAGCCAGAGACAGAUUAUUCAGUGUGAUCUGACACUAAUGUUCAAAGGAAUUAUCAGAUUUGUGGAUAAACGGGCAAAAUGCAUAUACAGUUAUCCAAGAAUUAGUUAAAAGUGAUCAACAAGUGACACUGAUCACAUUAAUAAAAGAUCCAAUUUGUUGCUCUGAUUAAAUGGCCUGCCCCACCUGGACUUAAUGGAGUGUGGACAUGGAUAAAGGUAUAUGGUAAUAAAACAAUCCAGUCCAGUGGAGAAGGCACACAUUCUUAAUUACAGGUGUGUGUUUCACCUGGAACAAUAAUUACAGGGGUAUGUUCCACCAGCAGGAUGUGUACAUGCCACUAACCAAUGUUGAUUUAACUGUGAUGAAUACAGAACCAUCCAGCUAGAGGUAUGAAUGGAAAUACAUCAACUACCUAUUGUUGUCUGACAGGCCCAAUUACAGGUUCUGGUCAACUGCCCCUUUGAGUGGACACACUGAACGAGGUGCUGUGUGGCAUGUAUCUGCUGCAGCGAGCAGAUCACAAUAGGUGGCAUUACCAGGGGUCAGUGGUUUCUAAUGCAAGCUUGUCUCCUGCAGGUGUGCUGGAAGUCAACAGAAGCUGGACAUACCAUACAAUGACAUGGGCAAUUGUGGGAAAUAAUCUGUAUAACACACCCUAUUACCAUCCAAGUGGACAAUAAAGUGGACAGUCUGGUGUUGGCAGUCAGUCGGUCCUGUGAGCUCCCUGGUUGAUAUUGUGUGUAAUGGCCCUGCCAAGAAGGGAAUACACUGGGUUAUAUACCGGCAGGAUCAUAUAGUGUUGAAGACUGCACGUUGCAAUCACAGGUUAUAAGUGUGCACAGUUUCAUUGUUUAUGUGGUUACUUGGAUGCUCUAUGGAUGUCUUCUACAUAUUCAAGACACAAAGCUUUAAAUGGUCAUCAUUCUCUGUGUGUAAAUCAGUCAAAAUGAUCAGUAUUACAGAUCCCAAGAAAUCCACACAAUCCACGAGCGUAAUCUAGAUCCAGCACAUCCACCAUGAGGAGCUUCAGUGUGAGGAGGGUGAAGACCCUCUUUCUUACAAUUUUCUCCUUCGGUUUCUGUUUUGUGUUACUGCUCAAUGUGAUGAUACAUCAGCUCAACUCCUCCGAUGGAGACAUCGACAUGCAUGUCAGCGCAGCAAACCCUUCGGCGUACAGGAUGAAGCUGCGUCAACUGUCGCAGCAGCACGACAACAACUACAUCCAUGCUGCAGGUUUACCAUUGGUGGACAGGAAACCCCAAGCCGCCCGCGACUCAGAAUACGGUCAACGCAAGGGAGUUGUCCUGAUGCGGAAAGGGGAGACAAUUCAGCCUGACAUUGUUCUAGAGAACGUCAAAGCAGCUAAGGAUAAGAAACCAUUUUGUUUAGGAAGGUUGAUAAAUUUUUUGUUCCCAAAUCGAAGAAAAGACAUUGACGAUGAAUACUCCUACGAGGAAGACAUCGAGAAGGUGGUGAUACAGGAUGAGGAUGAGGAAGAUGACAAGGAUGAGUACGAGGAUGACGACAUCGACCCCGAUGAAGACUACGACGAGGAUGCUGCAGAUAGAAACCCCACAAAUGUGUUUGAUAAUCUGAAAAACUCUUCGAAAGAGGUGUUCACAAAACCGCCAUUACACUUCCAGGAGGUUGGUGUGCCUCCUGUGACUCCGGAGAAGGUGGUGUUCCCACAUCAAGUGGUAGUGGACGCAAUAUACUGGUCACCUCAGGUCGAGCAACUCAUUCCAAAAGGUAUGUCCAACUACAGCCGGAUUGGCUGGGUAAGGAGGAUGCGAGUCACGCACAUCAAGAGCCUCCAGCAACCGUCCUGGGAUCGCUGUGGACGUCCCAAGAAUGGAUAUGUUGUCAUGGAGGACGGGACAGCCAUGUGUGCCCGAUACCGACACCCCCACGACACACUUGUGUUAGGUGAGGUCCUGUCCUUUUACCUGUCGAUGUUGCUGGGCAUGGACAACGUUCCAGCAGUGUUACUGUCCCAGAUCAAUGCUUCAUCAAUCCACUGGCGGGGUCAGGACACAGCAGUUCUAGGGUGGGGCAACAACCAGUAUGUGGCCCUCAUUCAGUGGAUAGACAACAUGAACUCACGCAGAGCUCAUGUGCAGAUGCCGCCAACAAUCCUGGAAGCGUAUCGCACUGGGGGCAUCGUCAACUCAGACAUCAUUGCAGAGAAGAAGCUGAGCGCUGUAGCACUGUCGGACAUUGUCCAGUGGGGCGCCAUGGUCAUCUUCGACUACCUCACAGGCAACUAUGAUAGAGUGGCCAGUAUGCAAGAUGCAGCAGAGAAGGAGAAAUCACCAAAGAUAAUUCAAGACAACAUUCGUAACCUUCGUAAAUCCACAACAACAGGAAAACUCUGGUUGAUAGAUAAUGAGAGUGGGCUCCUUGAUGCGUACGACCUCCUGUACCACAGCGGCAGUAACGGCGAACACUUCCUUCACUUCCACAAAGAAAUGCUACAGACAAUGUGUAUCUUCCAGAAGUCACUGGUGGAUGCUCUGUACAAGCUCCAUGGCAGCAUCAGCCCCCAUGAGGUGCUCGAGCACUAUGCCAGGACAUACGAACCUCUCAUUGAUGCUGUGCAGAAAGACGCUACCUAUAACUUAUUUAAGACAAUGUUUUCAAAACGAUUAAGUGAAGUUAUUCAGUGGAUCAAGUUCUGUAAGGAUUCUCACCGAAGGUGACAAACACAGAUCUUUCUGACUGUUCCUGAUGUAUAUUUUGUUUCUUUUAACGUAAAAAGUCCCACAUUAUGAUUGUGCUGCUUUGAAGAUACGGGCGUGGUUCAGUGUCUUGUGUGUGAUUCACUGACCUAAACGUGAUUAAGUUCAACCAGAAACUUAAAUGUAAUUAAGUUCAUACAGUGACUUGGAUGUGCUUCCUUGCAUCAAAAGACCAGAAUAUGAGAAUUCACCGAAUCUACAGACUAGAAAAUGAGUCAGUGAAGUUUUUUAAUUGGAUUCCAUGUUGACAAUGGAUUCAGUGACAGUCACCUUCAAAGUCUCCUCAAGGUCUCCCCUUAAAAAACUUGGUAUUCAGUUUCUUGGCUCAACUGGUGCCCAUGAAUCUGAACAUUUUAAUCUCGAAAUACACCUUAGUUUUAACCCUCAUCCCUGUAAACGUCUUGUGCCAUCAGUUUAGAUUUGUUGUAUUCUCUGAACAGAAUCUGAGCAUUCAACGAUUAUGUGGCAACGUAAGUGCCAUUUGAAAGCACCUUUACAAAUUAUCAUUUGAAAAAAAAAUACAUGUAAAAGAUAGAAGACAACUUGAUCAACCUAAUGUUACUGAUUGGCUGAAAUAGGAAUGUUGGAAGCGCCAUCAGAAGCCCCUUGUUUCAACAUCUAUUUUCAAAAGAAAAUGAUCAUUUUGUAUAACCAUGACAACCAGGAGUCUUGGUGUCGCUGCAACCUCACUGACACAUCAAGAGGGGAUAGUGUGUGUGCCAUGUUUUCUCAGACUUCAUCACUUGAGUGUAACCAGCACUCCUCAUGUGUCUGAUCCUCAAUCCACCUAUGAACUUGAAUGAAAUGUACUGCUGACCUUGGUCUGAAUGACACCAGAAACAUGGAACUGACAUUCCCAAAGACAUAAUUUAUUUUGUUUGAUAUCAUCCUUAGCGAAUGUGGGCUGAUUUGUCUGAUCAUUGCUUCAGACAGGGUUCAAGAUGGAGCCAUGAUUCAAUUGGAGAAGGGAGUUAGCUGUGUGUGAUGAAACAUGUCACUGCUGAACUCAUGUGAAUCUAAUAAGAUGGGUUUUACCUGUUUCACCUCCUGCUGCCAAAUCUUAAUUGGUGAACAGAAUUAUGAUUAUAUGAAAUCUCUACUGACCCUCCGAGUUUUCCAAGAUAAUUCACUUACUUAAUUUUCAUCAGCACCUUCAAACAAGAAGUAUUUUUCUAGAAAUUAAAUGUUACUUCAAGAGAUAUGUUUCUUUCACAUUUUUUUCCCCUCAAAUUAUGAAAAUACAAUCAUUUACUUUAUUUCGAUUACCAACGCUGUUGGCAUAAGACAUUUCCGCAAAUAAGUAAAACAGGUGCGCGAAUUAUAUUUUGAUCGGAAAUCCAUUGUCCUUGUAUGAAGAAACAGAUCUCUGGGUGUUUCUUGUCUGUAUAUUGUGGGUGUUAUUGUAAAUUAUUUUCAUGUGUUUCUGUCAUGUAAUAAAACAAUCCAAACCAU